AUGUCGUUCUCCGGCCGCCGCCUAAGUCUCCUGCGCCCAUCUGAUAAUCGCCGCUUUUCGGCCGCAAAGGACCUAUCCACCAACGAGCUUCACUCUGAGACCCAUCGGCAAUUCCGAGCUGCCCACGAAGGCCAUCGUCCCCACGCCGGUCUUGACGCCUCUCGUGCUUCCACUGGUGUCGUCUGGUGCACAGAGCGAGCCAGCGAACAUGGCUAUGCCGAAGAUCCCUCCGGUUGGGCCAACCUAGGCCAGGGUGCCCCCGAGGCCGACGAUGAGAUCGAGGGAAGCUUCCCCGUCCGACGUCAAUCCCCAUCACCUCCGCCGCUCGAGAGUAUGGCCCGACCGCCGGGCAAGGAGAGCCAAUACACCUGGGAGAAUGUCUGCAUUGUGCCCGGUGGCCGCGCGGGUCUGAUCCGUAUUGCUGCCAUUUUGGGUAACUCAUACCUGUCUUUCCCCAUCCCCGACUACUCCGCGUACUCGGAGAUGCUGAGUCUGUUCAAAAACAUUGCUCCUAUCCCCAUGCCUCUCUCCGCAGAUGACCACUACCACAUCCACCCCGAUAAGAUCGCAGAGGAAAUCGCCCGUGGCACCCAGGUCCUGUUGACCUCCAACCCUCGUAACCCCACGGGCCACUUCGUGCCGCCAGAGGAGCUCGCCGAGAUCCAAGAUCUCUGCCGUGACCGCGCAACCCUCAUCUUGGAUGAAUUCUACGGCGGAUACAACUACACAACCGACUGCGAUGGAACAACAAUCAGUGGUGCGGCGAACGUCGUCGAUGUCGACAAGGAUGAUGUCCUGCUCAUCGACGGUAUGACCAAGCGAUUCCGUCUACCAGGCUGGCGUAUCGCGUGGGUCGUCGGACCCAAGGAAUUCGUCAACGCCCUCGGUUCCGCGGGCUCAUACCUCGACGGCGGUGCCAACGUUCCCUUCCAAGAAGCCGCGAUUCCCAUGCUCGACCCAAAGCUGGUUCACACGGAGAUGGCGGCGUUGCAAAAGCACUUCAUCGAGAAGCGCGACUACGUCCUGAAGCGUUUGCACGAGAUUGGAUUCCGCGUGCAGGACGUCCCCCAGGCGACCUUCUACGUCUGGCUGGAUUUGACUUCGCUCGACCCCCCUCUGCCUCCCCAGGCUAACAUCUCUGAUGGACUGAACUUCUUCAAUGCCCUCUUGACUGAGAAGGUCAUUGUUGUGCCGGGUAUCUUCUUCGACCUGAACCCGGCUAAGCGUCGUGAUCUGUUCGACAGCCCUUGCCACCACUUUGUGCGUCUGAGCUACGGGCCCAAGAUGGAUGUUCUGAAGAUGGGUCUUGAUGGUAUUGAGCGUGUUAUUAACCGUGCGCGUGAGCUCGGCGUAUCGAAGUGGGAGGAUGAGGUUGCUGUCGCAGACGAUUAG